AGUGGCUACCUUAAGAGGAGAGAAGGGGAGGAGAAGGAGGAAGAGGAGGCGUUGCCUUGCCACCAAAAGGCCCGGCCCCGCAGAGGGACCCCGCGGAAAGGAGAGAUGGCGGAUGCCGGGGGAGAGGAAGCGGAUCAUGGCACCAGCCGCAGCCCAGAGGCCCCCCAGCCCCCCGGGGCCCCCCUCAGCGCCACAAGUGGGCAGGCAGCAGGUCGUAAUCUGAAGGAGUGGCUGAAGGAGCAGUUCUGUGACCAACCCCUUGAGUGCUGUGAAGACACUCGGCUGCAUGACGCUGCUUACGUGGGGGACUUGCAGACCAUCAGAAGUCUGUUGCAAGAAGAGGACUUCCAAAGCCGCAUCAAUGAGAAAUCUGUCUGGUGUUGUGGCUGGCUGCCUUGUACACCUCUGCGAAUUGCUGCCACAGCAGGUCACGGACACUGUGUGGACUUCCUGAUUCAGAAAGGGGCAGAGAUCGACCUGGUGGAUGUGAAAGGGCAAACCGCCCUCUACAUUGCUGUGGUGAAUGGGCACCUGGAAUGUGCUCGGAUCCUCCUGGAAGCAGGUGCGGACCCCAAUGGGAGUCGUCACCAUCGCAGCACUCCAGUGUAUCAUGCUGCUCGUGUGGGCAGGGCGGACAUCUUGAAAGAACUAAUCAGAUAUGGUGCUGAUGUGGAUGUCAACCACCCCUUGGCCUCUGGGAUCCCCAGCCCACCUUCUCGGCCCCUCACAUCCUUGGUGGUGUGCCCUCUGUACAUCAGUGCUGCCUAUCACAACCUGCCCUGCUUCCGGCUGCUUCUGCAAGCAGGAGCCAACCCAGAUUUUAACUCUUGCGGCCCCGUAAACAUCAAGGGAUUCUCCAGGGGCUCUGCUGUCUGUGUGCUGGAUGCCGUCUUGCGACAUGGCUGUGACGUAGCCUUUGUCAACCUCCUGGUAGACUUUGGUGCUAACUUGAACCUGGUGAAAUGGGAAACACCAGGAGAAGAGACUACAGGAAGGGUCAAAGUAAACCCAGAAGCCAUGCAGGUGUUCAAAGAAGCCAGGAGCUGUCCUAGGAAUUUGAUGUCCUUGUGCCGCAUAGCAGUGAGAAGAAUACUUGGCAAAUACCGCCUGCACCUGAUACACACGCUUCCAGUUCCAGACUCCAUCACAUUUUUUUUACUUCAUGAACAGUAGCAAGAUCCAGUUGGAAGUUCUGGACAAAUGUUCCUUUCUUUCCUCCCCUCUGCUCUUCUUCUUCUUUUAAAUGAGUGAGCAGAAAAGAGCAAUGCGUCCUAUUGCUCUUUAGUAAUAUAUUGUUUGGUUAAAGGCAUUCUCCCCUCUUACACUUUGUAAUUUGGAUUUUAGUGAGUUAAUAUAAUGGGAAAAACAUAGAAUAUUGGCCCUAUAAUUUAGCAGAAGGGGCAUGUACUAUAUUUAUUUGUACAUGUUGGCUUAUUUAUUUUUUAUUUAUUUACAUUUUUCAAACAGAUAUCUUCCAUCAAAAUAGCUCAUAGCAAUUCAUGAAUUUGUUUUAACUUAUACUCCUCCCACAUCUGGAGACACAAGAUGAAUUUAGAUAAUUUUACACAGCUGAAAGUAUUUCUGACCUCUGGAGAAUUGCAAUGAAAUAUCACACAUCUAUAUAAAUAAAAAUGUAAUGUUCGUU